GUCAUAUGACUACAUGGAACUGAAUCACAUGUCACAUGCCCCUGACUGCUUCCCUGUUUAUGCUAAAAUAACAUGGCUCUUGAAAGGUGUGAGUUGCUGUGUAACGUAACCUUAUUUUUGUUGUUUUCUUUCUUUGUUGUUGGCGAGGGGCAGUCUAAGGGGUUCAGGAAGUUUAAUCAAGUGCACGACACCAGUCAUAGUGUUGUGUCUGAGGAGCAGUGGUUCACUCAAAAACUGGAUCACUUCGUAGGGGCAGACAGCAGAGAGUGGAAGCAAAGGUACUUUGUAAAUGAAACAUACUACAAGCCGGGUGGUCCAGUGUUUCUGAUGAUAGGUGGAGAAGGACCGGCCAAUCCAGCCUGGAUGCAAAACGGCACCUGGCUCACCUAUGCCAAGAAAGUAGGAGCUCUUUGCUUGAUGCUGGAACAUCGCUUCUAUGGCAAGAGUCACCCGACCAUUGACCUCAGCACAGACAGCCUGCGUUUCCUCAGUAGUCGUCAGGCGUUGGCUGAUCUGGCACACUUCCGUACUGUGAUGGCAGAGACCCGAGGGCUGACCAACAGCAAGUGGGUGGCCUUCGGUGGGUCGUACCCAGGUUCUCUUGCUGCUUGGUUUAGGCUGAAGUAUCCUCACCUGGUCCAUGCCUCUGUGGCCACAAGUGCACCUGUGUUCGCUACUGUUAACUUCCCAGAGUACUUGGAGGUUGUGUGGCGUUCGCUGGCCUCAGAGAACGCAGAAUGCCCCCUGUUGGUGAAAAAGGCUUCAAGUACGCUUUUGGAGCGCCUGAAGGACCCCAAGACCUACGACAACAUCACCAAAGACUUCAACUUGUGUUCCAAACUGCAGAUCCAGACAGAGAUGGACUCUGCCUACUUCCUGGAAAUGCUGGCUGGCAACUUCAUGGAUGUGGUCCAGUACAAUGAAGACAACAGGGGGUUUGAGGGCGUGCAGGGCACCAACAUCACCAUCAAGGUGCUGUGUGGCGUGAUGGGUGACACCUCACUGGGGGACCCUUAUGCGCGCUAUGUUGCUGUGGCCCGUCUCAUGAUGGACACCUUCUCCAUUAAAUGCCUGGAUGCCAGCUUUAAUAACUACGCCAGAGAAAUGACUAAUACAUCUUGGGAUGGGCCGGCUGCAGGGGGAGGGAGACAGUGGGUCUACCAGACCUGCACUGAAUUUGGAUUCUACCAGAGCACUGAUUCGCCCAACCAACCAUUCACUGGCUUCCCUCUUGUGUAUCAUGUGAAACAGUGUGCAGACUUCUACAACGUCAGUGCUGAGCAGCUAGCGGAGGCCGUGGCCCAGACCAACGAGUAUUACGGAGGCUAUGACAUCCGCUCCACCAGAAUAGUACUUCCUAAUGGGUCCAUUGACCCCUGGCACGCCUUGGGAAUAACCCAGGACAUCACACCCGACCUCCCAGCUGUUUUCAUCAAAGGAACAGCCCACUGUGCCAACAUGUACCCUGCCAAGAGUGAGGAUCUCCCCCAACUGACUCUGGCCCGUGACCACAUCUUCUUACUUCUCCAGAAGUGGUUGAAGCAAUGAUGGACAGCCAAACAGGCCAUUUGAUUGCUUUGCAAAGCAGAUUAUUACUCCUUUGUCCACAUCAUCAAUAAAUCAAUCAAUUUUAUGUCUCACAUGAAAACUGUACGAGGUACAAUUCCAGUGAAAUUAUUUCACUUACAUUGAAGUGAGAUUGCUUAUUUACUGCCACAUUUGGGACUGCUUGAAAAUGCACUUUUACUAAAGCAUCAGUAGGUGUUUUGAAUGAGUGACACAAGUUUAAUCUGAUGAAUAAAUAAUACUAUUUUUUU